UCCUCCUCCUCCUCCUCCACCUCCUCCUCCAACUCCUCCUCCACCUCCUCCUCUUCCUCCUCCUCCUCUUCCUCCUCCUCCUCCUCCAACUCCUCCUCCUCCUCCUCCUCCUCCACCUCCUCCUCCAACUCCUCCUCCACCUCCUCCACCUCCUCCUCCUCCUCUUCCUCCUCCUCCUCUUCCUCCUCCUCCUCCUCCAACUCCUCCUCCUCCUCCUCUUCCUCCUCCUCCUCCUCCUCCAACUCCUCCUCCACCUCCUCCUCUUCCUCCUCCUCCUCUUCCUCCUCCUCCUCCUCCAACUCCUCCUCCUCCUCCUCUUCCAACUGCUCCUCCUCCUCCAACUGCUCCUCCUCCUCCAACUCCUCCUCCUCUUCCUCCUCCUCCUCCUCCUCCAACUCCCCCUCCUCCUCUUCCUCCACCUCGUCCUCCACCUCCUCCUCCUCCACCUCCUCCUCCUCCUCCAACUCCUCCUCCUCUUCCUCCUCCUCCUCUUCCUCCAACUCCUCCUCCUCCUCUUCUUCCUCCUCCUCCUCCUCUUCCUCCACCUCCAACUCCUCCUCCUCCUCCUCAUCUUCCUCCUCCUCCAACUGCUCCUCCUCUUCCUCCUCCUCCUCCUCCUCCUCUUCCUCCUCCUCCUCCUCCAACUGCUCCUCCUCUUCCUCCUCUUCCUCCUCUUCCUCCUCCUCCUCCAACUCCUCCUCCUCUUCCUCCAACUCCUCCUCCUCCUCCUCCUCCAACUCCUCCUCCUCCUCCUCCUCUUCUUCCUCCUCCUCCUCCUCUUCCUCCACCUCGAACUCCUCAUCUUCCUCCUCCAACUCCUCCUUCUCCUCCAACUCCUCCUCAAACUCCUCCUCCUCCUCCUCAUCUUCCUCCUCUUCCUCCACCUCCUCCUCCUCAAACUCCUCCUCCUCCUCCUCAUCUUCC